CACUGCCAACUCAGUACAGUUUAGACGUCCGUCGGAAUCGGACACUCAAGCGAAGAAUCGUCGGUACCUGUGUGCUUUGGUAAAUACUUCUAAAGGUGGUCUGUUUAGGUGAAUCAGUGCAUCAGCCGGAAUUUGGAGCUUUGUGACGUGAGGGAAAAUCUAACCUUAAAUUCAAACAACAAUGGACAGCAAAAGUCCUCCCUACCCGCACGAACCCGAAUUCCUAGCAGUUCCACCGAAUCAGCAGCAACCACAACCACAACUAGCCACAGCCGGUUACCCUCACGCACCUUUACCCCAGCAACAGCAGCACAGCUAUCCACAUCCACCGCCACCGCCGCCGUACGAUGCCAACGCUAAUAUGCUUCCACCAAACUAUGCGCAGCCUACUUACGUGCACACGAUAGUGACCGCCCCGCAAGUUGGCCCCGAUCCGGCAUCCAUCAGCUGUCCGUCCUGCCAGAAGCAUGUCAUCACCCGGCUGGACUACGAGUCUUCCACCAAGACGCACAUAAUGGCCGGUCUGCUGUGUCUCUUCAUAUGUUGGCCCUGCUUCUGGAUUCCGUACGUUAUUGACUCGUGUAAAAAUGCCAAUCACUACUGCCCGAACUGUGGAGCCUAUAUUGGAACUUACCGAGGAUAAGCCCCAAACUGACUGUACAUGAUACAAACGGAAAGUCGGUUGCUUGCAACAGGAGGAUUUCACACUCCGAGUGAGGCGAAGACUUUCAAACCAGGAUUGAUGUCCUCUUAGAAUCGUAAUGCUGCUGUAUACAAAACUAUAGAUUUAAACAAUUCCAACUCACUGGUUAGAGCUAUUUUCUUACUGAAUCUUUCAAGAUGCGCGGUUAAAACUGUAUAACGAGUUUCCUUUCUAGCUUGCCUCAUUGCCAAAUGCAACUUAAAUUUUAUUUUCCUACUCAAAUCGCGUAACAAAAAUCAUUGCUCGUACCUUAUUUUCUUGUUGACUUCGUUAUUAGUGUGUCUCUAAUUGACAAAACUAAAAUGUAGACCAAAUAUUGACCGAAUCACGAUGCAAUAAUCCUGCUGUAUUUUAUUUCUUAGUUGUAGACUGUAAGUGCAACAUUUGAAAACAUUUACUAGAUGUCACUAGGCGUGAAAUUCUGUAAGUACUAGUAUGAGUAAACAUAUCAAUUUAUCGUACUUUCAACACGUAUUUAAAUUUGCUUUCCCUAGCGGAGAACUGAAGCUACUGAGUGAAUGUGUAACGUAUAUGCUUUAGGAAUGAGUUCGAAGGAAUAAAAU